CUCGGGUACAGUCCCACCAGAAAGCUGUAUAUUUGGACAAUUAUUAAACAUGGCAGCUGGGCUAGGGCUUGCCGGUAUAUACGUCAGAUACAAGCAAGUGAUACUGUAUUCAGAUGACUAUGAUUCUAGACAGGGUAGAAUGCUGCAGAUUAACAAAAUAGGCCUGGUUCUUGGGAUCGUAGCCUGCUUUGGUAUGUCAGUGGUGGCUAAUUUUCAGGUUGGAAAUGUAUUGCCAGUCCAUUUUAGUGGUGCCUUUCUUCUCUUUGCUCCGGGAGCAGUGUACGGUUUCCUGCAGGCAUGGCUCUCGUACAAGAUGUACCCUCGACACGCCUCCAUCCUCAUCUGUCAUAUCCGUCUCAUCCUCUCAAUCAUCAUAGCAAUCUUCUUUACACUGUGUACAAUUUUUACUUUGAUUGCUCAGGAGCUGACACAUAAAACAGGAUCUAUCCUUCACUGGGCACCUGAAGAUGGGGGCUACCCUGAGCACGUAGUAGCCACCGUUUCUGAAUGGGUUGUGGCAAUCGCCUUUCUCUUGUACUACUUCACAUUCAUCAGAGAAUUCCAGACGAUCACCAUCAAGGCGGAGCUCAAACAUCAUCUUGUCUACGAUGCCCUCGUCGAUGCAAAUAGCUAUCCACCUGUGGCCAACUAUGACAACAGCUUCAGUGGCGCUCUGUAAUGGUACUCUGUCAAUUUGUCUGUAGCCACUUUUUCUAAUUGGCCCGGUCUUACAAAGAGUUACGAUUGAUCCGCUCGAUCUCAUCUGUAUGGAAAUCCAUCAAUGUCAUACAUUUUUUCUACAGGAAGUUUGCACAACGUCCUUGUACACAAAGAGAAGCACAAUGAAGUUUCAAGAAAGAGAUGAAUGUAUGAAUAUACUGCGUAUCUAGAAAAUAUUUUGAACAAACAUGCAUUUUAAAUGUUGAUGCUACUGUCUUUCCAUAGUUUUGGUUGAUUGGAUCAAUCGUAACUCUUUGUAAGACGGGGCCUUGAUCUUUGGCUUGUAUUCUUAAGUAAGGUUUGACUUCUCAAACAGUGGGCUGCGAAGCUCUCUCAGGUGGUCCGCUAGAAGCUCCAGAGGGAUAAAAAAAUAUAGUAUAUUUCACAGACCUGUCCUAACAUGGUAUGUCCAAUCAGUCUACGUGGGUCAAACAAAACUAAUGCACGCUUAGGUACCACGCAAGUUGCAAAGCUUGCACAUGCAGUGUUGCACACUAUGACGGUUUCGAUCAAACUUUAAUUUGAACCUCAUAUGCAUGCAUAUUUUUAGCGGACAUUUGCGAAUGAAGAUAAGUUCUUAAACUGUUUGUUUUGAAUGUGGUCAGAGCGUUGUGUUCAAACACAUCACACAUCUUUGUCGCAUUGCCAAUGGGAGAAUCUCCAUAGCAUUAGUGAUCGCGAUAUUCAAAUGCUCAUAAAUUUUUGAUAAUUUGUCUGAUUUUUCUCAAACUUUCUUUGAUCUUAUUCUUUAAUUUUUCUCUUUCCACACAAGCCCACUUGUUCCAAAGGUUUCAUUCCCCUUUAAGUUAUGGGAAGCCAAAAAUUGUCCAAAUUUUGUUUACAAUGUAUGUUUCUUGUGUGUACUGUGCUCUCUCCUAAUUUUGUUAAAGGUCAAGUCCACCCCAGAAAAAUGCUGACUUCAAUAAAUAGAGAAAAAUCAAACUAGCAUAGUGCUGAAAAUUUCAUCAAAAUCGGAUGUAAAAUAAGAAAGUUAUGACAUUUUAAGUUUCGCUAAUUUUUCACAAAACAGUGAUAUGCACAACUAGGUGAGUCAGUCGAUGAUGUCCAUCACUCACUAUUUCUUUUGUUUUUUUUUGUUUGAAUUAUACAAUAUGUCAUUUUUUAUACAUUGGACAAUAAGGACCAACUUGACUGAACCAUAUAGUAUUAAACAAUGCUAAUUCCACAUUAACAAGGAAUUAAUCGUUGUAUCACUUGACAAUGAGGAGAAAAUGAGAAUAUUUCAUAUUUUAUAUAAUAAAAUACAAAAAUAGUGAGUGGAUGACGUCAUAGUCUCCUCAUUUGCAUACCAGCCAGGAUGUGCAUUUAACUGUUUUGUGAAAUUAAGCAAAAUUUUAAAAUGUCUUAACUUUCUUAUUUUACAUCCGAUUUUGAUGAAAUUUUCAGUGUUAUGCUUGUUGGAUUUUUCUCUUUUUAUUCAAAUCAACUUUUUGUUGGGGUGAACUUAUCCUUUAAUGGUGAAGACAACUAUCUCAUUUAUCCUUUCCAGACAUUUAAGAUUGGAUUGAGCUGAUACAGUGAACAUCACAAUUGGCUAUCCAUAGUUAAACCACAACUUUAGACCAGAGUUUAAUUUAAACCCGACUUCAGAAUACGGGCCUAUGUGGUUGAACUUCAUUUAGUUAGUCAGUUAACCAGUUAGUCAAAUUUUCAAAUUUGCAUUUUAAUCAAAAUACAUACCUCAAAAGUUCUUUCAUUGAAUGCAACUUUGUAGUUGAUUUGCAUUCAAUUAUUUGCUUUAAAUUGCACCUGAACUUCCUCUAACACCCUUUAUGCUUAGAUUUGGGACUUACCCCUGGGCCCCGUCUUACAAAGAGUUACAAUUAAUCCAAUCAAUUGUAACUCUAUGGAAAUCCAUCAGUGUCAUAAUUUUUUCGACAGGAAAUUUGCAAAAUGUCCUUUGUAAACAAAGGAGAAAACACCGAACUGUCAAGAAAUCAAUGAAAUUAUGGAUAUACAUUCAUAUCUAG